AAGUCGAACAAAAACCGCACAAAAAUCAGCAGUGUAGCUCCCGCGCCGGCUGGGUUAGCCCAAAUCCAGAGAGAGGGAUGACGGGGUAAAUGGAGGAAGGGAGGGAGAGAGGGAGGGAAGAAAGGGGAAGGCUGAGGAGGACGGAAGAGAGCGAAGGCGACGAGGUUGUCGAGGUGAUUAGAAUGGCGAAUACUAUUCGUGGCGAUAACGAGGAGAUUAGCGACGAAAGAGAGGAUGCUGGACGAGAAAUUUGCGAGACCAGAGACGAAAGCGAGGAACGUCCUGAUGAAGGCGAGAGGGCUCGCGAAAGCGAGGAGGCUCGCGAAAAGGAAGAGGAGGUUUCGCAAGCAGGGAGAGAGGAGGUUUCGCAAGCAGGGAGGGAGGAGGUUACGCAAGCAGGGAGAGAGGAGGUUACGCAAGCAGGGAGGGAGGAGGUUGCGCAAGCAGGGAGAGAGGAGGUCACGCAAGCAGGGAGAGAGGAGGUCACGCAAGCAGGGCGAGAGGAGGUUGCGCAAGCAGGGAGAGAGGAGGUCACGCAAGCAGGGAGAGAGGAGGUCACGCAAGCAGGGCGAGAGGAGGUUACGCAAGCAGGGAGAGAGGAGGUUGCGCAAGCAGGGAGAGAGGAGGUUGCGCAAGCAGGGAGAGAGGAGGUCACGCAAGCAGGGAGAGAGGAGGUCACGGAAGCAGGGAGGAAGGAGGUUACGGAAGCAGGGAGGGAGGAGGUUACGGAAGCAGGGAGGGAGGAGGUUACGCAAGCAGGGAGGGAGGAGGUUGCGCAAGCAGGGAGAGAGGAGGUUACGCAAGCAGGAAGAGAGGAGGUUACGCAAGCAGGGAGGGAGGAGGUUACGCAAGCAGGGAGAGAGGAGGUUGCGCAAGCAGGGAGAGAGGAGGUCACGCAAGCAGGGAGGGAGGAGGUUACGGAAGCAGGGAGGAAGGAGGUUACGGAAGCAGGGAGGGAGGAGGUUACGCAAGCAGGGAGGGAGGAGGUUACGCAAGCAGGGAGAGAGGAGGUUACGCAAGCAGGAAGAGAGGAGGUUACGCAAGCAGGGAGGGAGGAGGUUACGCAAGCAGGGAGAGAGGAGGUUACGCAAGCAGGGAGAGAGGAGGUUACGCAAGCAGGGAGAGAGGAGGUUACGCAAGCAGGGAGAGUACUGAGGAGCAGGAGGAAGGCAAGCUUGGAAGAUAAGGUUGUGGGCGGUAAAGGAGAAGCCUUGGGGGAAAGGGAGGCCGGGGCAAGAGGGGACGUGGGGGCUAAGGGGACGGCCGAGUUUGCGCAACCAGGGAGAGAGCUGAGGGGCGGGAGUGUUAGUAGUUUCAUUUUGAGACGGCUCAAAUCGGAGUUACUGACACACGAGGGGGAACGGGAUGUAGGGGCUAAGGGGACGGUCGAGGCUGUGCUAACAGGGAGGAUACUGAGGGGCGGGAGGACGCUGGACGGGAAACGGGAGAUCUUGGGGGAAAAGGGGACAGGGGCGGGGCGGGAGGCAAGAACAAUAGGUGCAAAGCGGGAGAUAAGGGAUAAACGGGAGGUAGUGGCUAAGGGAAUGGUCUCGGUGAAGAAUGAGGGGGGGGUUGGUGGAGAGGAGAAGGGGAAGGGAGGGGGUGGAAGGGCGGCUGAGGGGCAGAGGAAACGGAUGCGGGUAACGGAAAGGCAGCAACGGGACAGGAAAGGGGAGGAGGGCGCAGAAAAAGCAGGAGGGAUGAGACGGGUAACGGAAAGGGCGAAGCGGGUCAGGGAAGGGGAGGAGGAGGACGCAGGCGAAGCGGGAGGGGAGCUGAGAAGGCUGUCAGGUGAGACAGCAGCGACGAGCUGGUUGGCUGAAAGGCAGAGGAGUAGGGGAAGGCAAAGGGAAGAGACGAGGGAAGAGACAAGGGACGAGGGGGACGCAGGCGAAGCAGGAGGAAGGAGGUGGAGGAGGCUGACAGGAGAGACGGCGGCGACGAGCUGGUUGGCUGAAAGGCAGACGAAUAGGGGAAGGCUGACAACGGAGGAGAUUAAAGACGAGACUAGAAAACUCCUGGAGCAAGGGGAUCUAAAAAAGAUGACUGUUACAUCCGUGCAACAGCAGCUAGGGGAGAUUUUUGGGGAGAAUCUUCUGGUGAGCAGCAAGCGAGUGAGGGCGCUGGUGUAUGAGAUAUUUCAAGAGGAGUGGCACGCGGCAAUGAUGCAGUGACUGGUGCUUGAGAGUGGUUACGGUGUCACCUGGGCUGGGUUGAGCUACUGCCCAGUGAGGGCAAGGGCAGCGAAUGAGGGUACUGGUGUAUGAGAUACAGUAUUUCAAGAGGAGUGGCACGCGGCAAUGAGAUAGCAACCAAGGCAAUGAGAUGCCUAGCAACCAGCGCCUCCAAGUGGGCAGAUCACCUGUGCUGAGCAGCCGUGCAGGCAGCGACUCAGCGGCAAGCGAGUGAGGGUGCUGCUGGCGUGUAAAAUAUUCCCGGACGAGUGGCACACGGCAACGGCGACACGAUAAGACGGACAAUGGCAAGUGCUGUGCUGUUGUUGAGCAGCGAGCGAGUGAGGGUGCUGCUGGUGUGCUGCUGGUGCUGCGAGUGAGGCACGCAGCAAUGGCAGCACAAUAAGAUGGACAAUGGAAAGUGCGGUGCUGUUUUUGAGCAGCAAGCAAGUGAGGGUGCUGAUGGUGCUGCGAGUGAGGGUGCUGCUGGUGUGCUGCUGGUGCUGCGAGUGAGGGUAUUGUUGUAUGGAAUGCUCUGAGUGGUGUGCAACGGCACAGUAAUUGGCUUUUGCAGGUGGGCAGUGGUCAGAUCAGAUCACCUGUGCUGAUGAGCAGCUACGCAAUGAGCAGCGAGCGAGUGGGGAUGCUGGCGAGCAGCAAGCGCGCAACUGGCGAGGUCACAUCACAUGCACCCUUACCUGGGUGCUGGCUGGUGUGGUGUUUGAGGUGGCUGGCAAGGGGAGUGGCCAGGCCACAUGCACCGGACCAGAACCAGUGUCGAACAUAUAUGCAUAUGUUAUUAUAGGCUAGAUAGGUGCAUGCUCUUAGAGAGUACAACUCACUAGCACAAAGUCACCCUGUACCCUCCAUUCUAGUCAAUGCGUUAUUCUGAGAUGGUAUCACGCUAGGUUAGGUCCCUCAC